UAUACUAAAUGUCAAACCCCCAACCCAGAACUGAUCAUUGCUUACCUUCUUUUCAGGGGAGCAUUUUCAGUGGUGCGCAGAUGUGUGAAGAAGUCAUCAGGUCAGGAGUUCGCCGCCAAAAUUAUCAACACCAAGAAACUCUCAGCCAGAGGUAAAACACACACACACAAAAACAGAGCGCGAGAGAGACAGCGGUCAGUGGUAGAUUUCUUUGGUGGGGCGGUGUUCAUCCCUGUGAGCUGUCAGUGAUCUGCUAUAUAAAUCGGUGUUUGUCAGAGGUGCAGCUGAUGGGAUGUCUUGAGAGUUGACUAUGAGGAGCCAAUGUGUCAUGUUUGUGUGUAAUCUCUUGUGACAAAUGUUAUCAUACAUUUGAACAUUGGUAAAAUAUUCUGGUGAAGAAUUAUGAUUUGAUGCAUACUCAAGAUUUGGUUCUGGGUUCUGAGAUUGUGUGUGUCGAGGGGGUGGUAGGUUAUGUGGUAAUUAUGUUUACCAAGGAGGCCGAGCUCCACUGUGGGAUGUUGUAGGCAUUCAGGGCCACGACUCUUCUCAACACACAGACCUUUCUCUCACACGCACAUACACACACACACUGUGUGUGUGUCUGGGGACUGUGUGCUGCCUCUCAGCUCAGAGCUGCCCUCCUCUGCAGUCAACACGCAUUCUCUCGCUCGCCUGCUCUUUUUUCCUGUUCCUUCACUUUGAGCAGUCUUGGCUCUUUGCUUUAUACCCGUUUCCUCGAUACCCCUCCUGCUCUCUCUCUCACUUCCUCCCACCCGUCAGUAGCUAGGAGAUUGGUCAGUAUCGAGGCUAAUCCAGUUAGACUAAAUAUAUCUCAUCAGGGGCUAAGACCCCAUGGAUCACACACACUUGCACCUCUCUGUUAGCCCCUUUGUUCCCUGCGUGUGUGCCUGUGUGUUAUGUUAAUAGUAUCACAUUAGGGAAGGUAUUUGGUAUUCUGAAAAAAUCUAAUUUCAGCAAUAACUAUAGGCUUUUCAUGGUAGCAGUCAAAUGCUAAGCUUUGGACAGUAUAGCAUUAAAAUGUGUGUGUGUGGGCCAGGAUGGGAGGGACUCAGACAGUCUUGCAUUGAUCUCUGUGUCUAGAGACAGAGAGGAAAGGGGGAGAGAGAGACUGGGAAAGGGAGGAGGAAUAGAGUGAGAGGGAGAAGAUUUGGAGAUAGGAGCAAUAGAGGAAUUGGGUUGUUUAGCAACAGAACCGAUGCGUGCGCAACCCUUGGGGCAAAACAGACGGAGUAGGCUUAGAAUCAAAGGAUUGUUGACAACGUCAACUAUAUUUCCUUUGAAUUAAUAUUGAAAACAUGAAUACAUUUGCACAAUGAGCACUUGUCUCUCAAAUACAUCAUUACAGUUCUUGGUUAGCUAGCUAGUGAAUUUUAGACAUGUUAGCAUAGACGUGGCAUGAGUCAAAACAAGACAUGGUAUCAAUAAGAAGAUACAACGAGCUACCUAAGAUUCACCACGUCAGCUUCUUGUCAUUGUUGCUAGCUGUCUGACCGUCCAGAAUCAUAACACACGGCCUAGUGCCUCUGCAUUGCGCACAUAUUGUUUUUGUGACGUUGUCAGGCAAUCCGUCUAUACAUAGUGUGUACACACCGGUGCAUGUGGUAGCAGUUUGUCUAGUAGGAUUUAAGGAUUUAAGUGUUGUUUUUAGCACCAUUGGGCCUGUUUGACCUAGCGCACUGCCCCAUGGGUAAUAAGUCUCUGAAAGCUCCGCUAAACACCGUCAUAAUCUGAGGCGGGCUAGUGGUGUGUGUGUCGUACCUCUCCUUCUCUCCCUGAUGUAACAUGGCUAUAGGCCCGCCCCCCGGUGGAGCAGAUGGCCAAUUUGAGAACAGCAGGAAGUGCCAGUAAUGAGUUACCCUGCAGCACUCUCUGCCCCAUCUACUACCACUACACACACAUACCACACACACACAUGCAUUGUACACGCGUGCACGCCCAUACACACAGGCAUGCACACGUCAACAAAUAAUCGAAUGAAUCAGCAAAAGCUGUAGUAAACCAUGCCAUGCUGAACACACACCACACAUGCAAUGGGAAGUUGUGAUCCUUUUUCUAGGGCUGGGCGGUAAACUGUAAAAAAACGAUAUACCGGUAUUCAUUCACAGACCAGUUUAGAUUUUUACUUUACCUUCUAUAAUAGUUUUUUUUAUGUUUCAUAUAUUACAUUAAAUGAUUCACUAAUGACUCGAAAAGAGGAUUGAAAAGAUUGUCGCCAGUAAAAAACUGCUGAGAACUGCUAGCUAACACACAAGUUAACAACUUCUGGAGGGCAAGCUUGCCAAAUGGACCCCAGGAAAUCGGGCAACUACCCCUAGUAGAAAGUAAGAACUGCAAUUGAAGCCGAAAAUGCAGUUUUUUUUUUUACGAAGUAGAGUCAUAUUAAGAAAAGAAACCUGACAGUGUGUAAAUGUUAACACAUUAGUGCAGCAAAUUAAGACAUUUAUUGAAAUGCUUGAAGUGAAUGCUGGAAUUGAACAAAUAGCUAUGCAAAUGUAAACCAUUGGUUCAGUACCAGAGUUUGAGUCUACAAAAUAGGAUUUUGAUUCCUAUGCAAUGUUCUACAAAUAGGAGUACUUCACUGUCAGUUUUGUCCUAUUAUUUUUGUUUGAAGUUUGGUUGAACAGUAUAACAUAAUCAGAAUUGAGAAAGUCCAUUAAACCACAUAUAAUUAAUUUGUUGCCAUGCACUACCUAUAAAGCAUAUUUAGAACUGUUAUUAUUCAGAAACACCAAAUAUUGUCAAAAAUGAGAAAAAUACAGUGAUAUAUUUGCCCAUAUGGCCCAGCCCUACCUCUUUUUGCAAAUGGAAAGUUCAUAUAAUUCUCUCUCGCUCUCUCUCUGCACCGGUAGUGAAAUGAGACAGGUUUCUGUACUUUUUCCCUUUGCAGAAGGGGGAGAGAGAAUCUAUAGCCUACAUGGGGAGGAGAAAAGGGGGAGGGAGAGGAGUAGUGGGAAAGAUGGAAGGGGAGAGAGGCAAGCAGGAAUGGAAGGAGGCAGAGAAUUGAUGGGGAGGUGGAAGGCUAGAGGAAUAGUAUGGCUGGGGGGGAAGAGGGAGGGAUAGAAAGGUGGGAGAAAUGUGUGUUCGGAUGUAAGGCUGGUUAUCAGCAGUAUAGGAGUGCCGCAUUUGUUUGGCUGAAAUGAUAACGUGAAGAGAAAGAAGGAUAUGUGUGUAUUGCAGUGUGUGUCUGUGAGUGGGUCUAAUGCGUGUUUGUUUGUUAGCCAGGGUUUCAGAUGAUGAAAUUGCCAGUUCUUGCGUUUUUAAGAUAUUCAGUGUUGCGAUAUCAAAUACUCUGAUUGAAUUCAUGCAUAUAAUUGCUGUGUGUCUGUAUGAAUGCUCCCUCUGUUUUGGAGCCCUGUAGCAGUUGAUAUUUCAUUAGAAUAAUAAGUGAACAGUCACACUGUCUGACUCACUCCCUAUGCCGUCGCUAGGGUUACCCCAAAUUACCUCUGACCUCUCACAACGGUCUGUUGCUAACAGUGACGACGAGAGGCGGGGGUGUGUGUGUGUGUGUGUGUUCCAAUUUCAUCAUGUUCCCCUGCUAGGCAAAGUGCUGGCACAGCAAUGUUCCACAGCUGGGGCUGCGAGGAACCUCCACACACCAUACACAUUCUACACACCGCACGUACACCUUGUACAAUCUUAUUUAACUGUGUCUCGCCCUCUAUAUAUUAACCUUGUUAUAAAUCUUUAUUUUUAAGUGAAAUAAGCUUUUCUUCUUCUCCUCAGAUCACCAGAAGCUGGAUCGAGAGGCUCGCAUCUGCCGUCUGCUCAAACACUCCAACAUAGGUUUGUUGUCUCUGUCUUUCUAUCUCUCUAUCUCUACACUCUUAGAAAGGUGCUAAAAGUAGAACCAUAUAGGAUUCUUCGGCUUGUUCCCCAUAGGAUAACCCUUUUUGGUGCUUGGUAGAACCCUUUGCAGAGUGUUCUACCCCUCUAUGAAGGGUUCUACAGAGGGUUUUCUUUCUUUUUACUAUUUUCUACAUUGUAUAUAAAAUAUAUUUUGAUUUGUUCAACACUUUUUUGAAUACUACAUGAUUCCAUAUGUGUUAUUUCAUAGUUUUGAUGUCUUCACUAUUAUUCUACAAUAAAGAAAAUAGUAAAAAUAAAGAGAACCCCUUGAAUGAGUAGGCGUGUCCAAACUUUUGACUGGUACUGUAUAUAAGGCCUUUCUUUGAGGGCCUAGUUAUACCCUAACACAGUGGUCUGAAGCUCCUGGUUUAUAGGCCACAUCAGGCCUGCAAGUCACGUCAUGCUGGCUUGCAAAGUGAUGUGUAAUUCCAAUUGGACUCCAGCCAAAGUAAGGAUAUCCAACAAUUGGAACUUUUAAACGUAGAGUCAGCGAUAUGAUGUAGAUCCACAAAGUAAACAGCAUAGUGGGUCAAUUUCAGCAACAACUAAGAGCGUUGGAGCGCUAUGCUAAACUUCUCCGCUUGCUCAGAUACUGUGUUUGACUGUGUGAGAGCGAAGUCUUGCAUCUCGCUCAUCGCAAUAACAUAAUUUCGACUACCUUAAUCACCUACAAUCUGCAUUGGAAUGACUGCCAAAGAGGGAAGAUUGAUUAUUGAGACUACCUAAAUCAUCUAAACUGGAACAACAGUCUCAGUAACAGGUUUAAUAAAUCCAACUACUAACAGAUUGGAUUAGAAAAAUCUAUGUUAUUGAUCUUUGUAACGCAUAAGAUUAAACAACCAAUCAAUGUACAUGCAAAAAAACGGAUAUUGAAACAAACGUUUCUGAAAAUCAACCUGCAAUAGAGCAUGCUGGGAAAUAUGAUAAUGAUGCGUGUGGUUUUGAGUGUUUUCCUCAAUUCAGAGUAGGGAUGUUAAUCGGUUAGCCGCCGAAAAUACAUUUGACCAGUCAUGCUUAUCAGUCUAUAGGUUCAUUUGCAUAAUUUUGUGGAAUUAAAUUGCCGCGUUUGUAUUUUUGUUAGUCAACAUGCAUCUUAUUUAACACACGAGCACAGCAUACAGAGCCUAGUUUGAGGAGCGGAAUAGCCUAUCACCUGUCAGACAGCGCGAGAGUAGCUUCUCAAAAGCCUGUAGGCUACUGGAGUGAAAGCUGCUUUUGUAAACCCAGUCAUGGCGCAACAUUGCAAUCGUGUGUUAACUUUGGUGGCCACGAUUUUAAAAGGAGCUAUUUUUAUUUCUCAAUCUCAACUCGUAAUUAAGGUGCCAUUUGGGUGCAUAGACUAUAACCUGCCUACUGUUGACUAUCAGCGUGUCACCCACCACUUUGCAAUGUGAGCUUGAGGCAGUAUAAUUGUUUGAAACCUCAACGUUUUAAUUUAUUUCAAAUAAUAAGGCAUGUCUUCAGAGUAGCCUUGCAAAAAUCCAUCCAUAGAAACGUGCAGGCAAUUAUUUUAUAAAGACUUCCUCAUGCCAUUAACCAGCAUUUCUCUCCUGUUCUAUUGGUUUUCAUAACUUUUUUUCGUUGUCCAGAAGCCAAAGGCACAAUCCUAGUUAUAUUAGCAACCAUCAUAGUUGUUGCUAUUAGAUUCCCAGUUUUUCUACGUUUCUAACAGAGAUUUAAAUCUCUGUCACAACUGCUCGCAUUAGAACAGUUUUUUCCUCUAAUUGCAUUUUGGUAAAUGUUUGAAAAUGCAGUUUUAUUAGCUGCUUCAUUACAGGAGUUGCAUGUUCAAUAAUAGGCUAUAGCCUUUUGACUAAGAUUGUUGCAUGUUUAUUAAGCACUUCAUGAAAAAUGUCCGGUACUUGCAUGCAUGCAUAGUAUCAGAGAGGAAGAGGCAAAGCGAGAGGUUUCAUUCUCGCCUAAAUCUGUCCAAAAUAAGCCCAAUGCGUUUUCUAUGGGCUUAUUUUGGGCCUAAGCUUGUCGCCUGCCUUGCCGCCUUGUGACGACUCCCAUUGUUAGUGCUGAAACAUAAGCAUCUCGUCAUUAUAUACAGAUCUCUGAUAGUAUUUUCUGUUGGUCAUGUCAUUAUACUGUUUGGAGAAAAAAAAAAAAUGGUUGACCGGUUAAUGAUGGUCAGUUAGUCGGCAGUAAAAUGUUACGAAAUUUGCAUCCCUAAUUUAGUAAACAUUUGUCACACUGAACUCUGGUUAUUUACACCAACACUGGGGUUCUUUAACACCACGGAGUCACCUGGGCGUUAAUUUUUCUCCUGAAUCAACACUAGAAACCGUUGGUAACACUGGCCAAUUUACUGUGUACCAUACAAUACAAUACACUGGGUCACUCAGACUCCCUUCUAUUCUCGUACUCUACGCUCAAUAAAAUCACAGAAAAUACUAAUUUGAAAAACAGACAUGGCAAAUAUAUAAACUAUGCCAUUACUGUCAAUGUAAAUUGAUUAACAGAAUACCAGAUAUAUGCCCAUAAUAUAGAUCCAGUUUAAAACAUUCUCACACCUAUCGUUUUAAACUUAUCAGAUUACUGAAACUCCUGAUAUUAAAGUUUAAACAGUGAGGUAAACACUAAUGCUUAGGCACUAUAAAAAAUUAUAUAUACAAUAAAAAAAAAAACUUUCAGAUUCAGAAGUUUUCUAUGUAGAAUCCUUCUUGCCUUUACAAGAAUCAUCAAAUAACCGUUUCUUUCAAAAACUGUCCUUAGGAUGAAAAAGGGUCUAGGUACACACUAAAAACAAAUGGUUAUAUAUAGUGCAAAAUAAGGGUUCUUUGGAUUGUGACCAUAGCGGAACCCUUUUUGGUGCUUUAUGGAACCUUUUUUUUGAAGGUUCUAUAAAGAACAUGCUCAUAAUGUUCUAAAUUGAACCUGUAUGGUGCUAUAAAGAACCAUUAAAUAAGGUUCUAUAUGGCAUCAAAGGGUUCUGCUAUGGUUAUAACCCUUACUUAGUCAAACGACCUCAAUUGACACAAGGCCAUACUUGAGUCUUUCACAAGACACCAUAACAUAGUCAUAUACAGUGCAUUCGGAAAGUAUUCAGACCCCUUCACUUUCCACAUUUUGUUAUGUUACAGCCUUAUUCUAAAAUGGAUACAAUUAUUAUUUUAUUCCUCAUCAAUCUACACACAAUACCCCAUAAUGACAGAGCGAAAACAGAAAUACCUUAUUUACAUAAGUAUUCAGACCCUUUGCUAUGAGACUCGAAAUUGAGCUCACGUGCAUCCUGUUUCCAUUGAUCAUCCUUGAUGUUUCUACAACUUGGAGUCCACCUGUGGUAAAUUCAAUUGAUUAGACAUGAUUUGGAAAGGCUCACACCUGUCUAUAAAAGGUCCCACAGUUGACAGUGCAUGUCAGAGCAAAAACCAAGCCAUGAGGUCGAAGGAAUUGUCCGUAGAGCUCAGAGCCAGGAUUGUGUCGAGGCACAGAUCUGGGGAAGGGUACCCAAAAAUAUCUGCAGCAUUGAAGGUCCCCAAGAACACAGUGGCCUCCAUCAUUCUUAAAUGGAAGAAGUUUGGGAACCACCAAGACUCUUCCUAGAGCUGGCUGCCCGGCCAAACUGAGCAAUCGGGGGAGAAGGGCGUUGCUCAGGCAGGUGACCAAGAACCUGAUGGUCACUCUGUCAGAGCUCUAGAGUUCCUCUGUGGAGAUGGAAGAACCUUCCAGAAGGACAACAAUCUCUGCAGCACUCUACCAAUCAGGCCUUUAUGGUAGAGUGGCCAGACGGAAGCCACUCCUCAGUAAAAGGCACAUGACAGCCCGCUUGGAGUUUGCCAAAGGGCACCUAAAGGACUCUCAGACCAUGAGAAACAAGAGUCUAAUGAAACCAAGAUUGAACUCUCUGGCCUGAAGGCCAAGCGUCACGUCUGGAGGAAACCAGGCAUCGCUCAUCACCUGGCCAAUACCAUCCCUACGGUGAAGCAUGGUGGUGGCAGCAUCAUGCUGUGGCGGAUGUUUUUCAGUGGCAGGGACUGGGAGACUAUCCAGGAUUGAGGGAAAGAUGAAGGGAGCAAAGUACAGAGAGAUCCUUGAUGAAAACCUGCUCCAGAGCGCUCAGGACCUCAGACUGGGGCGACGGUUCACCUUCCAACAGGACAACGACCCUAAGCACACAGCCAAGACAACGCAGGAGUGGCUUCUGGACAAGUCUCUGAAUGUUCUUGAGUGGCCCAGCCAGAGCCCGGACUUGGACGAUCGAACAUCUCUGGAGAGACCUGAAAAUAGCUGUGCAGCGACGCUCCCCAUCCAACCUGACAGAGCUUGAGAGGAUCUGCAGAGAAGAAUGGGAGACACUCCCCAAAUACAGCUGGGCCAAGCUUGUAGUGUCAUACCCAAGAAGACUCGAGGCUGUAAUCACUGCCAAAGGUGAUUCAACAAAGUACUGAGUAAAGGGUCUGAAUACUUAGGUAAAUGUGAUAUUUCAGUUUUGUAAUUUUUAAUACAUUUGUGUGUAGAUUGUUGAGGGGAAAAACAAACCAUUUUAAUCAAUUUUAGAAUAAGGCUGUAACAUAACAAAAUGUGGAAAAAUUGAAGGGGUCUGAAUACUUUCCGAUAGCACUGUAUGUAAUAGCAUAACACAACAGAUUAGUUAAACUGGAAUGAGACUCACUCACGGUUGCACAAAAGAGCUGUGCACAAACCACGUCCCAAAAAAUUCUACAUUUGAAUUAUCACUAAAAGAGGAUUGAACCCUUUUUUCAACUGCAAAUAACCAUUGAAGGGCUCAAACGGUUAUUUGGGUCAAAAUGGUUCCACCUAGAACCAAUCACCCUUCCCAAAGAAACGUAAUUUUUUGUGUGUUGAACCCUUUUCCUAAUGCAGAAAACACAUCGCACCGAUUUGACGGUCUGCCGUUCAUUCGCUUGCUGACGAUGCUGUGUGUUUUAGGGACCACCCACCGGUGGGCGACUGACAGCCGUAAUUUUCACCCGUGAGAGUCCCCCUUUUGCCGGGACUCUCAAUUUUGAACAUGUAUGAACACAGAAGUUAAUCAGGCAGCUGACUAAAUUACACAAUAUUUUACUUCUGGGUUAACAUAGAUUAGUAGAACCCUAUCCCUCUGCAAAUAACCCUUUUUUCAAACUAUAUCUGUCUGUCAUUGUGUGUAUGUCUCUCUGUCUGGAAGUCUGUGUCUCUGUAUUUGUGUGUGUACUGAUGUUAUUCAAAUUGAGAAUUAGGAAAAGUCAACUAUUUCAGGACAAAUAUUUUCCUGUUAAUCGGUUGUUAAAAAAAGAAAUGACCAGGAGGACAGAACAAAGGAGGGAGGUAGAGGAAGAGAAAAGAUGAGAGGUGAGGGGGAUGAGGCCAUACCAAUGAGUCAAUGACAACAUUGUGCUGUCUCCAUUUGCAUCCCUCUAUCAUCUCUCCCUUCUUUCGGCCUCUUUUUUCAGUGUCCCAGAUUGCUCUGCCCCUCAGGUAAUGGUCUCCCUCUUCUCACGCUCUCCCUCUUCUUUCUCUCCUUUUUAUACUCCUCUUUAUACUCCUCCUCUCAUUUUCUCUCUCUUCCUCUCCUCUCAUUUGGCCCGUGCUUCAUAUAAACUUUGGACAAAGAAAGCGGGACAGAUAGAGGGGGAGAACGAACGAGAGACUGAUGGAGAAGAAGAGAGAGGGAUUGAGAUAUGAUAUGAUAUUGCUGCAGGGCCGACCUGCUUCUUAUUGCACAGCAAAUGUACCUUUUACAUCACCUUUAACCUCCAACCCUAGAACCCUUAAACGAACCAUACAGUAGGUCCAAUUUAGAAUCACAAACUGAGCCCUAGCCACUAGCCUGUAAUAUUCCACAAUUCCCUUUCUCUCCCUCUUCUCCACCCUCUUUUCUUUCUUUCUCUAGUGAGACUACAUGACAGUAUCUCGGAGGAAGGCUUUCACUACCUUGUCUUUGACCUGUGAGUAUAACACACGCACACAUUUCAGGCUUGUGCAUUCACAUCCACGAAUGAGCUUUAUUAUGUAUGAUAACAAUCUUGUUCUCUGUCUGUCUCUGUCGGUCUCUCUCUCCGUCUGUCCUUCUCUCUCCCAGGGUGACGGGAGGAGAGUUGUUUGAAGACAUUGUUGCUAGGGAGUACUACAGUGAGGCUGAUGCCAGGUGGGCAAUCCCUAUUUACUGUUACCAUAGUUACUGUGCCGCACAGCGCAGGUCAAAACCGUGGGAGAGUGGCGUGAUUUCACGUGGCGCGCACACACACACAGUGAUUAUGGGUUUCCUUGUAUUCAUGUCUGCUGCAUUGUCAUGUCCUGUUAUCCCUCUUCAUAACCCUUUCUCUUCUCCCCCUCUCUCAUCUCUCCCUCUUUCUGUUUCCUUCCUAUCUCUCUGCUCCCUCUUUCUCUCACUUCUCUCUCUUCUCACUCAAUCUUGCUGUUAGGUGAUACUCUGUGUUGCAUUAGAAGUGUUCAUGUCCUAAUUGGAUUAGUGCUGACCAGGGCUUUAGUCUCACACACACACACACACACACACACACUACAAGCCACAUGGGGUCAGCCACACCCCUUUCCCAAGACUGAUUUUGACCUUUCACCUCUGAGCCUCACAACCAGCAGACAACGUCUUAACAACAGUAUCUUUACUAGCUGGCUUAUCCACGUGGGGUACUUGGGAAGUCUCAAAAGAACAUAGACCUAAUUGGUCAAAUUCUUAUGAGGGGGUACUUCAGGGGUUCUCCUGGCAUAGCAGAAUGUGAUAAGAGUACAGUAACAAAAAUAAAGUUAAAAGCCACUAUUGUAGUAAAUGUAACUACUUUGAGUCUCUUUCUUUGUCAGACCUGUUGAGCUUUCAUUACAAACCAUACAUGUGUUUAAUGAUGAAAGGAUGACUGAUAUCUCCUUUUUUCACGCUCAACCCCAUUUUCUCCCUUUCCUCUCCAGUCAGUGUAUCAACCAGAUCUUGGAGAGUGUCCAACAUAUCCACCAGCAUGACAUCGUCCACAGGGACCUGAAG